AUGAUCGCUUCGUUGUUUAGCUACGAACGUGUAACACUGGAGGAUUAUCCAUUACCCUUGCGCUAUGAAUUGGUUGCGUGGUUGACAAUGGUCGGACCACUGCUUGUUGUUCCAUUUGCAGCACUUAGCACGCUCUACGAUGCCUGGCGAAAUCAUAUGCCUCUGCUCUCCGUGUUUGACUGCAGUCGGUGGCGACACAAGCACGUUGGUGGCGGCGACACACUGGAACCAAAGCAUGCCACAAAUGAGGAUCACGAUUACUGGGUUUAUAAUUUUUAUGCUUUUUUGCAUUCUGUGCUACAUCAGCGUUGUAAAAAAAAACGUUUCAAAACGCGACCGUCUUGGACGUUUCUGAAGGAAAUUUCAAGCUGCAGCACAUCUUCGGAUAAUCGGAAUUUCGUGAAACUGUCGUUGUUCGGUGGUCCUCCGACCGUUGAAAGACUUGAAAAGACGAAUACAGUAAUAUACCGUCCGAGCCGUGGUGGUGAAUCACGGAAAGCGUCGCAACUGAGCAGUUUAUCGUCUUCUGGGAAGUACAGGCCCUCUCGUUACAUCAGGGCGAAUUCAGCUUGUCAGAGCACUUCAUUUGGAAAACCACCACCGUGCGUGUUGCCCUGCACAGAGCAGGGUUUACAUCUUCGGCAAACAAUGGAUUGUCAGAGUGAGAGUUCCAUAUCAAUCACUCCAACUGGUUCGGUACAAAGUUAUUCCAGUGGCUUCAUGGUUAAUAACGGUACCACUGGUAGCAGCAGUGCUAACGACAGGCACCAGUUACCAGUUCUGAGAAGACCGGGGCCCGUUAAGACACCACCACCGUUCAAUCAAUUGUGA